CUUGUAUACUCUUUAUCAUCCACAUUCAUCAUGUCCACUGAUCACACCACACUUACUUUCUCGAUGGCAACGAUGCACGUUCCUCCGGCGACGCUUUACGCCGGAAAACCCUCGGCGAUCUUAGCUCCGACGACUCCAAAUUUCCUAAGAUCCUCUUUUUUGCCGUAUUACUCGAUGAGGCUACUCAGCAACAACAAGAGACCUCUUUUCUCCAAAUCUUCAUCAUCCUCUGCUCCCAGAUUCUCCAUGCGUGUCUCCUCCAAGCAGGCCUAUAUCUGCCGUGAUUGCGGGUAUAUUUACAAUGACAGAACUCCAUUCGAAAAGCUACCUGACAAAUAUUUCUGUCCAGUGUGUGCUGCUCCUAAGCGGCGGUUUAGACCGUACAUGCCUGAUGUGAGCAAGAACGUCAACGACAAGGAUGUGAGAAAAGCUAGAAAAGCUGAGCUCCAAAGAGAUGAAGCCGUUGGGAAGGCUUUGCCUAUAGCAAUUGCAGUUGGGGUUUUAGCACUCGCAGCUCUUUACUUCUACGUCAACAGUACAACAUGAACGCUGCAUCACAAAACUUACAUUCUUGCUUUUGCAAUCAAAAGUUUUGCUUUUGUAUUAACCAUUCAUCUUCGAGUUGUUAGACAUUGUAAUCAUGUCAAAAGUAUUGAGCUUUCUAUGUACCAAAAGCUGAUAUGAAUAAAGAAGGGAAUUGUAAUA